AGGAAGCGCACGAAGACGCACUCAAACGCAAGAGAAUCGAAGCGCAGAGAAUAGUAGGAAUUCGCAGCUCCGGGCGGCGCCGGGUUGCAAAAUAAACGCUCCACCGAUGCGCUCCCUUUGGUGAAUGAGGGCGGAGUCAGUCUAAUCAGAGGUGGAACUGCUGAGAGGGGCUUCUACGCCACUGAAAUACAAGGGUUUGGUUUGAACCCGCUGCCAACAAGGAAGCGAACAGCUGGGACAACACCGAGGAGCGACUGCAUCAUUUCUUUUAUCCACCCAAAACUAGCGGGAUUCUUUUCAUUUUUAUAGGCGGGUGUCUUUGUUGUAAGGUGAGCAGGUCAACAUGUCUUCCAUGGACUUGGAGAAGCUGAAGAUGACGGGAGCAGGUCGGGCCAUAGCGGUGCUGACCAGCGGUGGAGAUGCACAAGGUAUGAACGCCGCUGUCCGAGCCGUGAUCAGAAUGGGCAUUUAUGUCGGGGCCAAGGUCUAUCUCAUCCAUGAGGGAUACCAAGGCUUGGUGGAUGGAGGAGAGAACAUAAAGCUGGCACACUGGCACAGUGUGACCAAYAUUAUCCAGCUGGGUGGCACGGUGAUCGGCAGCGCCCGCUGCAAGGCCUUCCAGGCGCGCGAGGGCCGCAUCGCCGCCGCCUUCAACCUGGUGAAGAAAGGCAUCACCAACCUGUGCGUGUGCGGCGGAGACGGCAGCCUCACCGGAGCCAAUAUCUUCCGCAGUGAGUGGAGCGGCCUGCUGGAUGAGCUCGUACAGAAAGGAAGGAUCACGGACACGCUGGCGAAGCAGCACAACAAUCUGAACAUUGUCGGACUUGUGGGAUCGAUAGACAACGAUUUCUGCGGCACUGACAUGACCAUCGGAGCUGACUCUGCGCUGCAUCGCAUCAUGGAAAUAGUCGACGCCAUCAUGACCACUGCAAACAGCCACCAGCGCACUUUUGUCCUUGAAGUCAUGGGCCGCCACUGUGGGUACCUGGCCCUCGUGUCGGCUUUAGCAUCAGGAGCAGACUGGCUCUUCAUUCCAGAGGAUCCUCCGCUGGAGGGCUGGGAGGACCGCAUGUGUGAUCGUCUGGAAAAGAGCCGAAACAAGGGGUCAAGACUCAACAUUAUAAUCGUUGCAGAGGGAGCCAUUGACUCGAAUGGAAAGCCCAUCUCCUCAACUUACAUAAAAGAUCUGGUGGUGAAGAGGCUGGGCUACGACACCAGAGUGACGGUGCUCGGCCACGUUCAGCGAGGAGGAACUCCGUCUGCGUUCGACAGGAUACUGAGCACCAAGCUGGGAGUGGAGGCAGUAAUUGCCCUAAUCGAGGCGUCUCCUAACACUCCAGCCUGUGUCAUCGGUCUCUGUGGAAACCAUGCGGUCCGUCUGCCUCUCAUGGAGUGUGUGGACAUGACCAAGUUGGUGCAGAAAGCCAUGAAUGAAAGGAGGUUUGAUGAAGCUGUUAAACUGCGUGGAGGGAGUUUUGAGAACAACUUGAAUAUUUACAAGCUUCUGGCCUUCCCAAAGCCUGCUCUUACCGAGAGCAAUCACUCUGUGGCUAUUCUGAACGUCGGCGCUCCAGCUGGAGGCAUGAACGCAACAGUCAGGUCAGCCGUGAGAGUUGCACUUGCUCUCGGACACAAGGUCUACGGCGUCCAUGACGGCUUUGAAGGACUCGCCAACGGAUUGAUAUUUGAAAUGGAUUGGCACAACGUGGCCGGAUGGACGGGACAAGGAGGAUCACUCCUGGGGACAAAGCGAACCCUUCCUGCUAAAUUCAUGGAGAAAAUUGUUGAGAACAUUGGCAAGUUCAGCAUCACAGCUCUGCUUGUAAUUGGAGGAUUUGAGGGAUACGAAGGUGUGCAGCAGCUGUAUGAAGCCAGGGGUCACUUCGAUGAGCUCUGCAUCCCCAUGUGUGUCAUCCCAGCAACCAUCAGCAACAACGUCCCAGGAACGGACUUCAGUCUGGGAGCAGACACAGCUGUUAACGCCGCCAUGGAGGGAUGUGACAAGAUUAAGCAGUCUGCCUCCGGGACAAAGAGACGAGUGUUUGUAGUCGAGACAAUGGGAGGAUACUGUGGUUAUCUGGCCACCUCCACUGCUAUCGCUGUCGGUGCUGAUGCUGCUUACAUAUUCGAAGAGCCUUUUAACAUCCAUGACCUUAAGACCAAUGUUGAACAUUUGGCUGAAAAGAUGAAGAAGGACAUCCAGCGGGGUCUGGUACUAAGGAACGAAUACUGUCACAAGAACUACACUACAGACUUUAUUUAUAAUCUGUAUUCAGAGGAAGGAAAGGGAGUCUUUGACUGUAGAGUUAACGUGUUGGGACACCUCCAGCAGGGAGGAGCACCUUCCCCCUUUGAUAGGAACUUUGGCACCAAGUUGGGUGUGAAGGCAAUCCAGUGGCUCUCCGAGAGGUUGACUGAAAGCUUCCGACAAGGCCGCGUGUUCGCCAACUCCCCAGAAACGGCGUGUGUGCUUGGCCUGAACAGGAAGGUCGUCUCAUUCGUUCCUGUAACUGUCCUGAAGGCCAGCACUGACUUUGAGCACCGGAUGCCAAAGGUUCAGUGGUGGUUCAACCUGAGACCGAUGCUGAAGAUGCUGGCCAGGUAUCAAACCAAUUUUGUUGAAUAUGUCCCUGGAGAGAUGGAACAUGUGACUCGGCGCUCCAUCAGCAUUGAUGCUGGAUACUAGGCUCCCUGAGGCAAAACUUCUGUAUGCAGUUUUUGGACCCUUAUCUAUCCAUCCUUUGUCCCAUUUUCACUCACGAGUGAGGUGUUUUGGUGCUCUCCCUCAUAAACCUAGCCAGAGUGAACUAGUGGGAAAUAAUUCCUAUUUGCAUAUGGACCAACAUCCACUAAGAGUGUAGAUAUGUUUUUCUCCAGUUGAAUUCCUCCUGCCUUAACUUUACCUAAGAAACAAGAACUCUUAGUUUCUUGUCAUACGCUUAUAUUUUUGUGCUAAGCUGUCGUCAUACCUUUUGGCAUUCAUGUAAAUAAUGUUGCAGUGGAGCAUAUUUACUGUAGAUAUGAUGUCUUUGCGUUAGCGUGACUGAAAUAUAAGAUGUUUUCUAUUAUUUACUGUAUGUCUGUAACUGCAGAUGCCCUGAGAAUCAGGUUCCUGUUUCUGUAAAGUUCAGGCCGUACCCUCUGAAGUUCAGACACUUUACUCUUGAAUGAAAAUGGGACUGUUUCUUAAAAACUUUUUUAGUACCUCUAAUCAGUGUAAUAUUAACUAUUUAAGAUCAAGUGACAUAAUUUACAGUAUUCAUUUAUCAACUGACGCAUUUAAUACAGAGAAAUUUUGUACUUUCUUUGUAAGGAUUUUUUCUACUCAAAUUGCUGCUAUAGAACAGACAACCAGAUGUGCCACCAAACCAAAGUUUUACAGAACUUUUAUUGAAUAGCAUGUAUUGCAACAAAUGAAUGUAGAUGCUGCAGUAUAAAUCUCUUACUUUUAAAUCCACAUCUAGGAAAUGCGUACAUUCUGAGCCAUAAGACGUAUAAGGAGGAGCCUUCAGUGAAAGAAAUAAUUCUGAUCAUGUUUGAACAUGUCAUUUCUAAAAAUUAAGAAACUUAAAAACGUUUUGUGAUUUUUAUCUGAAUAUUUUGUGAGGCUAAUGUGACUGUAACUCAAGGGACCCUUAAGAUUGUCAUUUUCUGUUUUUAUAUAUUCAUGUUUAUGUAUAUUGUGUGGUUGUGUGACUGAAGCAACAUAUCUAGUAUUAAUUCAAAUUAACAGAAUUUUCUGAACCUAUCAAAUACUUUAUUACAAUUUAAAACAUGUAAACUUUACAACUACUGUACUUUACAGAGAUGAAUCUAUAAAGAAAUAUAAACUUCUGAUGUGUUUUAAGUAUAUAUUAAUGAUGCACAUAUAUAUCCAAGUAUGACACUAUUAUGUAUACAUUGCUAUGUGAUUAACCCAAAUAUGCCUUUAUAUCAAACAGUUGAAUUCAGGAACUUAAAUCACUGCUAGCUCAACAACAUAAGGAAAUAAACAGGAACUCAAUUCACAAAGUA